GUGCUGGGUUGGUGGCUUCUCCCGUGAGUUCUGCUGCGACGCGCAGCACGGUGAGGGUGGAAACCCAGCCUGCUGGGACAGCGUUUUCCAUUAUGAUCCCUGCUGCACUCGACCAGAUCCGCUUGAGGCAGAUGAUGCAGGCAGCCACGAGAGCCUCACCAACGGCUUCCUUGUCGCGCUUGAAAGGAAAGUCGAUGCUGUUCUAGCAGACGGUGCCAGCCUGGAGUCGUUUGAAGGUGAUCUUCGGCAGACAAUCCUUUCCCCAGAGCAGCGAUCUACGUCGGUGCCAACAGCAAGAGCUUUGCUUGCUGUCGUACUCGGACGACUUGGAAGAAGCCACGAGGCCGAGCAAGAGCUUGCAAUGGCCUCGCAUGACUUGUCCAUCGCACCUAGUGGAGCGUGGGUGGGCACGGAAGCAGCCGGAUACCACAUGCACGACAGGCCUUUCGCAGAUGCGCUGAUAACGUUCUUCAAGUCAAGGGAGGCAACUUCCGUUGCUGACUUUGGCUGUGGACUGGGGCUUUACGUUCGCGACCUUCGGACGGUUGGCUUCCGAUCUGGUGGAUUUGAUGGAAAUCCGGCGACCUGGGAGAUCACGGACGGCCGGUGCCUUCAGGCUGAUUUGAGCAAGGACCUGGACCUGGGAACGCGCUGGGACUGGGUCCUUUCCUUGGAAGUCGCGGAGCACAUUCCUCGACAGUUCGAGGAUUCGUUCCUUGACAAUCUGGAGAGACAUGCUUGCUCCGGCAUGGUGCUGUCCUGGGGCAACCAGGCGGGAGAAGGCCACGUAAAUCUUCGCACAUCCGAAGAGGUAGAAGAUCUCAUGCAGCAGCGCGGCUUCGAGAGUAUCUGGCCAAGAGUUAGUUUACAACUCCGUGCAAGCCCUUGGCUGGAUGACACACUUGACGAUUUCUCGCAGCGUUGUCAGCUCGACCCGACGGCCUGCUCCUGCUGCACUCUCAGUUCAGGAGUCUUGUAG